GCUCACCCGGCAAUGCCUUGAGCGAAUGCAAAAUCGAACUGACCGCGAUACAGUGCAGUUAAUAAAUAAAUAAAAAUAUAGUGACUAAAAUUUCGAAUUGAAAUUGUGUUAGUGUGUUUUUGAGUUUUCAAAAUGGUGGCUGUGACGGAACAGGAACGGGCGCCAAAACCAGAUGCGAUGUUCGGAAUGCGUCACGUCAUGGUUCUUCUGCUGUUCCUGUCUACCACUGUCGCCUACGCCACUCGAGUCAGCAUGAGUAUGGCUAUUGUAGCCAUGACCAGUUCCAACGACUAUGGGUACCCGGUUUUCGACUGGGAGCGCAGCAUCCAAGACCUGAUCCUGUCAUCCUUCUUCUGGGGCUACAUAGUGCUGCAGAUCCCUGCUGGCAUGAUGGCCGGAAGAUUUGGGGGCAAGAACCUCAUUCUGGCUGCGAUGCUGUCCAAUGGUGUCGUCAAUUUGUUCGUGCCUUAUGCUGCUCAAAAGGGUGGGUGGGUAGCUGUUUGCGCUUGCCGAAUUCUCAUGGGCCUGACUCAAGGUCUUCUGUAUCCCAGUCUUCACGGUUUACUGGGCCAGUGGUCACCAGUGUCUGAAAGAAGUCGAAUGGGAACCAUUGUAUAUGCAGGAGCUCAGCUAGGCACCAUAAUCGAAAUGAUGUCAGCCGGAGUGCUCUCAGCAAGCAGGUGGGGCUGGCCUUCCGUUUACUACGUCACAGGAGCCACCUGCUUGGGCUGGUCUCUUCUGUGGAUCAUCUUUGGUGCCUCCACGCCGGGUAUGAGCCGAUGGAUCUCGAAAGAGGAGAGGAAGUAUAUUGAGACAAAUACUUCUUCGGCAGAUAUAAGUGAAGCCAAGAAAAUGGUUACCCCAUGGAAGAGCAUUUGGACCUCGCUUCCCUUCUGGGCUAUCCUGCUAGCGCAUAGCGGACAGAGUCUUGGUUUCUGGACGCUCCUCACUGAAAUGCCCUCCUACAUGUCUAAAGUUCUUGGGGUCGACAUUAAAAGCAAUGGCCUCCUGUCAGCACUUCCCUAUGUCGCGAUGUACAUCCUCAGUUUCAUCUUCAGCUGGUCGGCGGACUUCCUUAUCAACAGAAAUAUUUGUUCCAUGUCCACUACACGAAAAAUAUUCAACACUAUUGCAUUCUGGGGUCCUGCAGCCGCAUUGUUGGUCCUCUCCUACCUUCCACCGGGACACUUGACAUUAGCGGUUGCCAUUUUAACAGUCACAGUUGGAUUAAACGGCGCUCACUAUGCCGGUUUCUUGAUAACACACAUUGAUAUAUCUCCGAACUUCGCCAGUACCUUGAUGGGUAUAACCAAUGGCUUUGGAAACAUUUUCUCCAUUUUAGCGCCACUCAGUGUCUCAGCUGUGGUCAGAGAUGAGACGAGCGCUUCCGAAUGGCGAAAGGUCUUCUUCAUGUCCAUCGCUUUCUACUUCCUCAGUAACCUGUUUUAUAUCCUCUUUAUGUCUGGCAAUGUUCAACCUUGGAAUGAAACCAUCACAGAAAAUAAUAGUUUAGAAGAUGGAGUAAAAAGUAAUGAAGAAAAAUCGAGAAAGAACAAAAGCAGUUCAAACUAUGGAGAGGAGAAAAGAACAUAUUUGUACAAGAUUUUUCAAAGUGGUGACGAUAAGUAUAUAGCUAACAUUCGUAAACAUCUCGUGGAACAGAUUCCUUCAGAAUCAGAAGAAGAACAGAACUCUGAAAACGAUCGAAAUGUGUUUCUUGGCCGACUUCCUAUAGAGCCUGGAUCAUUAGUUCUAUUGCCUUGGGAUGACAGAAUGUCAUAUGGUUUGCCACAAGGAAGUGUAUUGGGGCCUACCCUGUUCUUGGUUGACAUCAUCGACCUCUGUGAAAUGGCCAUUCCAUAUGCAGAAACCUUCUCCUAUGCAGAUGACACAGCCAUAGUAUUUACUGAGGCUGAAUCUAAUGCUGAAUCAGGGAUGGCUCUGAUCUCUACAUCGUUAUUUAUCUCUUGUGGCAACGACGCAGUGUCUACGAUAAAACCCUCUACGCUCCGGCAGCCGUACAGAUUCGCCCGGCCCGUAUCGACAACUCGAUUGAUAGAUAUAAAGUUCGGAAUGCGUCACGUCAUGGUAUUUCUACUGUUCCUGUCUACCACUGUUGCUUACGCCACACGCGUCAGUAUGAGCAUGGGAAUCGUAGCCAUGACCAGUCCCAACGACUAUGGAUACCCUGUUUUCGAGUGGUACCGGAGCAUCCAAGACAUAAUCCUUUCAUCCUUCUUCUGGGGCUACAUACUGCUUCAGAUCCCUGCUGGUAUGAUGGCCGGAAGGUUUGGGGGCAAAAACCUUAUUUUGACUGCGAUGCUGAUCAAUGGUGUCGUUAAUUUUCUCGUGCCAUAUGCUGCUCAAAAGGGUGGGUGGGUAGCUGUUUGCGCUUGCCGAAUUCUCAUGGGCCUUGGUCAAGGUCUUCAGGUUCCCAGCCUUCACGGUUUGCUUGGACAGUGGUCACCAGUUUCUGAAAGAAGUCGAAUGGGGACCAUAGUAUAUGCAGGAGCUCAACUAGGCACCGUAAUCGAAAUGGUAUCAGCCGGAGUGCUCUCAGCAAGCAGGUGGGGCUGGCCUUCCAUUUACUACGUCACGGGAGCCGCCUGCUUGAGCUGGUCCCUUCUGUGGAUCAUCUUUGGGGCAUCCACGCCGGGUAUGAGCCGUUGGAUUUCGAAGGAGGAGAGGAAGUUUAUUGAAACAAAUACUUCUUCGGCUGAUAUAAGCAAAGUGAAGAAAAUGGUGACCCCAUGGAAGAGCAUUUGGACCUCGCUACCCUUCUUGGCUAUCCUACUUGCGCAUUGCGGACAAAGUCUUGGUUUCUGGACGCUCCUCACUGAGAUGCCCUCCUACAUGUCUAAAGUUCUUGGGGUUGACAUUAAAAGCAACGGCUUCUUAUCUGCACUUCCCUAUGUUGCGAUGUACAUCCUCAGUUUCAUCUUCAGCUGGUCAGCGGACUUCCUUAUCAACAGAAAUAUUUGUUCCAUAUCCACUACACGAAAAAUCUUUAACACUAUUGCGUUUUGGGGUCCUGCAGCCGCAUUGCUGGUCCUUUCCUAUCUUCCACCGGGACACUUGGCACUAGCGGUUGUCAUUCUAAUAGUCACAGUUGGAUUAAACGGCGCUCAAUACGUCGGUUUCUUGAUAACACACAUUGAUAUAUCACCGAACUUUGCCAGUACCUUGAUGGGUAUAACCAAUGGCAUUUCAAACAUUUUCUCCAUUUUAGCGCCACUCAGUGUCUCAGCUGUGGUCAGAGAUGAGACGAGCGCUUCUGAAUGGAGAAAGGUCUUCUUCAUGUCCAUCGCUUUCUACUUCCUCAGUAACCUGUUUUAUAUUAUCUUCAUGUCUGGAGAAGUUCAACCUUGGAAUGAAAUUAUUACCGAAAAUAACAGUUUAGAAGAGGGAGUAAAAAGUAAUGAAGAAAAAUCAGGAAACAAGAAUAGCAGUUCAAACUAUGAGGAGAAAAAGUUUUAGAUUUAGUACAGUAGUUUCAAUGUGAAGUAAUGUAAAUAUUAGCGAUUUAAUAACGUGAGUACAACCGUAGAUUCAUUAAUUAUGAAAGAAAUGGUUAGUAAUUAUUAAAAUGCUUUUAAAAUGGUUUACGUUAAGCACAUUAUGUUAUUUUUCUACCCCCGAACUGUUAUUCGUCAUUUACAGGGUCGUGCAUAGAUCUUUAAACCCUACAUUUUCAAGAGAACAAUGUUAUUCUGAUGUAUGCGGUCACAGUUCACUAUAGUAGAAAAAAAAUCUGCAACAUAGCGCGUAGUCAUAUACAAGUAUUUCUGGUCAGGCUUUAGUUUCAACACGUUCACAAAUAUUUCUGUUUCCUUUCCUUACCAAGCAAAGGGCUUACACGGUGACCCUCUGCUAUAGUGACCCUCAGACUCUGGUAUGGUAACCCUCUGGUAUGGUGACCCUCUGGUAUGGUGACCCAUAUUCCGGAGACGAAUUUAAAAUUUAAUUUAUGACAAUAGUUCGUCGUGACCCAUGUAUGGGUCACGGACAGUGAACGUUUUAAAAUUAAUUUAUACAUAUACAAAUUAUAAUAGUUUUCCCGGGAUUAUCCUAAAAUUCCUAAAGUAUACGAGGACUAGCCACAGAACCCCUAACCGCGGUAUCUAUCAAACUAACCACACCAAAGAAUCCUUUUUGUCUAAAUUCCAGGGCCUACUAUUUUUGAGCGCUCCUUUAAUGGUGCUUAUAAUUAUUUAGCUUAUGAUUCUUAUUGUAAAUAGUUAAGUAGUUAAAGAAAUAUUUAUUUGUAAAGCAUAAAUAGAAUAAAGAUAUUGAAGACUCGA